ACAUAUCAAACCCUAACAAAUCAUUUUUUCACUCUCUCUAUCUCUCUGAAGCCCUAACCAAUGGCUUCACGCAGACUCUUAUCUUCUCUUCUCCGAUCAUCAACUCGCCGAUCUGUCUCCAAAUCGCCUCUGUCAAACUCUAAUCCCAAACUCUCCACGCCAUCUCCAAUUUCCACGCGCCGCGCGUCGUCUUACGGCUACCUCCUCAAUCGCACUUCCGAGUAUGCCACAUCCGCCGCUGCUGCGGCUGCUCCACCUUCAACAUCGGAGGGAGUGAAGGGAAGCGGUGGUGGUAAGAUCACCGAUGACUUCACCGGAAAAGGCGCGAUCGGUCAAGUGUGUCAGGUGAUCGGUGCGGUUGUUGAUGUUAGAUUUGAUGAAGGAUUGCCUCCGAUUUUGACGGCGCUUGAAGUGCUUGACCAUUCGAUUAGGUUAGUGCUUGAAGUGGCUCAGCAUUUGGGUGGAAGUAUGGUUAGGACUAUUGCUAUGGAUGGUACCGAAGGUUUGGUUAGAGGUCAGAAGGUUCUCAAUACUGGUUCUCCUAUCACUGUUCCUGUGGGUCGGGCCACUCUUGGUCGUAUCAUUAACGUUAUUGGAGAGCCAAUUGAUGAGAAGGGAGAUCUCAAGACCGACCACUUCUUGCCCAUUCACAGAGAAGCUCCAUCUUUUGUCGACCAAGCUACUGAGCAACAGAUCCUUGUAACUGGUAUCAAGGUUGUUGAUAUGCUUGCACCAUACCAAAGGGGAGGAAAGAUUGGUCUGUUUGGUGGUGCUGGUGUAGGAAAAACUGUGCUUAUUAUGGAACUUAUCAACAAUGUUGCAAAAGCUCACGGUGGUUUCUCAGUGUUUGCUGGUGUUGGAGAGCGCACCCGUGAGGGUAAUGACUUGUACAGGGAAAUGAUUGAGAGUGGUGUCAUUAAGCUAGGGGAUAAACAGGCUGAAAGCAAAUGUGCACUUGUGUACGGUCAAAUGAAUGAGCCCCCUGGUGCUCGUGCCCGUGUUGGUCUAACUGGUCUAACUGUAGCAGAGCACUUCCGUGAUGCUGAAGGACAAGAUGUGCUUCUCUUCAUUGACAAUAUUUUCCGUUUCACCCAGGCUAACUCAGAGGUGUCUGCUUUGCUUGGUCGUAUCCCAUCUGCUGUCGGUUACCAACCAACUUUGGCUACCGAUCUUGGAGGUCUCCAGGAGCGUAUUACAACCACUAAGAAAGGUUCCAUCACGUCUGUCCAAGCUAUUUAUGUGCCUGCUGAUGAUUUGACUGAUCCGGCUCCUGCCACCACCUUUGCUCACUUGGAUGCCACAACUGUGUUGUCACGGCAGAUUUCUGAAUUGGGUAUAUAUCCUGCUGUUGAUCCCCUUGAUUCUACAUCCCGUAUGCUCUCUCCUCAUAUUUUGGGUGAGGAACACUACAACACCGCCCGUGGUGUGCAGAAGGUUCUUCAGAACUACAAGAAUCUGCAAGAUAUUAUUGCCAUUUUGGGAAUGGAUGAGCUCAGUGAAGAUGACAAGUUGACAGUUGCCCGUGCACGUAAAAUUCAGAAAUUCUUGAGCCAGCCUUUCCAUGUUGCAGAAGUUUUCACUGGUGCCCCUGGCAAGUACGUCGAGUUGAAGGAGAGCGUUGCCAGCUUCCAGGGCGUGUUGGAUGGAAAAUAUGAUGACCUUCCAGAACAAUCAUUUUACAUGGUUGGAGGCAUUGAAGAGGUCAUUGCUAAGGCAGAUAAGAUUGCAAAGGAGCUAGCAGCCUAAACAAACAGCAAGCUAUUUUUUUUUUCUUCAGUCUUUUGGUCCCCUUGUACUGAUAAUUGCGAAAAUCAAAAAUAAUCUAGGAUAUGUUGGUGAUGCCAGCAACAGGAUGUUGAUUUUUUUGAGAUAAAAUGUGUCUGGAUUAUCAGUCUCUGUUUUUAAUGUUAUUGCAUAGUGUGGAAGCGGAAGAGAACUGGGGACACGCCAAGCCCCUCUUUUUUCUUGUUAUUUAAUAAGGGGAAAAAGGAAGGCGGACAUGUAUAUUUUUCCCUUUUUUACCUUGAGAACAUGAAAUGGCGCAAUGAUCACUUUUUUGAAAUCA